GGUGGAUCAGUGCAUCGCGACUGUUGCCAGUUCAAGAUCAAAUGUGGAAAUUUAACUUCAUCUUUAAAGGGUAGAUCGCAAGAUUAAUUACAACGUUUUGACGCCACACUUGAGUGUUGACAAUGGGUCUCAAGGAAGAAUGAAGAAAGCCAGCGGUUUCCCUGGGUUGAGUUGAACGAUUUUGAGAAGCCGGGAGGAGUGUGAUUGUGCGGCAGGAAUCUUCGUCAUGAGCGCAGGCAUGCAGAAACCACCAGUUGCCCCCAAACCAAAGAAUGCCCAGCCACAGAGGCCAGGGCCCUCCCCCUCCUCGACCCCCAAAAGAGAUGGCCUUUUUCAGGCUUCCCUCUGUACACCAAAGAUGGUUAAACCAGCUCUGGCCCCUAAACCACCAUGCCUACCCAAACCAUUCCUCACCACUUCUGUGGAGUCCAAACCACCAUGCCUACCCAAUCCAUGCCUCACCGCCACUAUGGAGUACAAACCUCUUUCCUCAAAGACUGUCCAUCACCAUCAGACUUAUUCUCAGAGACCAUCAGAGAUGUCUACAAGUAUAGGUCUUCUGAAGUCCAGGAAUACAAUACCUGAUUGGGAUAAUAUUAUUCCUAUCUGUCUGUGUAGCCAGAAGAACUGUCUGUGUGUUGGGAACAGUAUCACAACGGACACAGUGAUUAACACAAUUCCUAAAGACUUGAAAAUAUUGCAUAACAAUUGCAAAACGGAGGAAUCUAGAAUAAAGCCUGUUCUCAGAUCUCAAUUUGGAGAGAACAAAGGGGUCAACAACAACAACAAGAGGAGAGCAGUCAACAACGCUCUACCAGACAAUUGCGUACAGGUUGUGUUGCUGUCCACCAAUAACCACCUCUUAAACCCGAAACAGAACCUCAACUCGGACAUUGUGACGCCAUCAUCACGCCCUGACAUAAAGCGUCCUCUUCCUCAGAGAACGCAUAGCAAUGAAGCCAACGGUAACGUCGUCACCACCUCCUCUAAUGCCAUUGGUCACGGAGAACAGGAAGAUCCCACCAGCUCCACAGGGAUUGGCAGAGACACUGGCACAUCCAAUCAGAACCCAGCUGCCCCUAGGAAGCCCCUCCCUGUCCCCGUACCACGGAAACCCAGGAAGUCUGUUCUGGUUGGACAGGAAGUCCCAGAGGAGGGGAGGCAAGGGAGGGAAAUGACUGUCAGAAAGGUGUCACUGGAGAGGAAAAGCAGCCCAUCUCUGUCUGUCAACGCACCUGCUACUCAGGCACACAAAAUCCCAGAAAGUCCUGCCAGUACAAAUGAUAGCUGGGAGGGUCUCCCAUCCUCCAGGACACCCGGCCUGCCACCUGUUCCUGCUCCCCCUCCCAGAAAGGAAGCCUUUCUUUCUGAACCUGAGAGAGCAGCACCGACCUCCUCUGCCACCUCCUCUCAGCACCUCCUCCCCACCUCCUCCCCUCUGCACCUCCCUCAGGAUGUAGAGGAGGAAGAGCUGAGAUGGGUGGAUGACGGUGUCUGUGAACUGGAGUGUUCAGUGGACAAGGAAGAGGAGGAGGAAGGGAGGAAUGAAGAGGAGGAGAUCCAUGAUAAGAUUAGUUGUCAUCCUCUCGCAACCAGUCUUUCCAACCAGCUGGAGCUCCACUCAAACUGCCACUUUCCCCUCACCUUAAUAACCACUGGGAGUUACAAAGAAAACGCGAGUGCUCAAAACAAGAUGGCCGGCUUCCCCAAGAAACUGCAGAGAUGCAGCUCCCCAGAAGCGUGGGUACUGAAGAAUGAACUGUCAGAAGAGAGAGAAGUGGCGGAACGAAAGACUUCCGAUAGUGACGAUGAUGGAGGUGCCCUCACCAAGGCCACGAAAGCUAUGAGAAAGCUCCCUGCAACCCCAGGAGAGGAUAAAGCAAAAAGGAACAGAAUCUUUCAGACGCUGGUGUCUCCUGUAUCCCGUAAGAGGAGCACAGACAACACAAAGACAAAGGGCAGCCUGCCAACAGAUGAAACACUGUCCCCGUCCAGGCCGUCUCGCUCCAGCCGGGGGAAACAGAAGGCCAAGUCCUUCUCCUCUGCCGACCUGACCCCCUCUGAGGGACAGAAAUGGAACUCUUUUCGGAGGCUUCUCGAUCUGAAACUCUCUGUCAAGAGGCUGCCCAAGCUGCUAGCCAAGGGAGGCCAGUCUCUGGACACCACUGCAGCUGAGGCAGAACAAUAUGCGGAUGAUGUAUUCCAAGACCGUGGCGUCUGUUUCCAGGAACGUCUGGGCAUUCGGGUGGGGGAUGCCCGCAAGUUCUCCUGUCCCCAGCUGGGGGUGAUUGGGGUUGGGGCGGAGCAGAGAGUGGACGGGGAUGAGAUCCACUACCCCGGAGCGGAGCAGGCUGUGGAGUAUGAAAAUGUUCCCUAUUACGAGGCCAUACCUGAGUAUUUUAUCCAGCCUGUUGGACUGGGAUUACGGGGGAGUGAGCUGGGGGUAGGUACACCUCCGGACCAGUCAGAGUGCCACAAUCACCUGUAUGAUGAUGCCGAUAUCUAUGAGGAACAGGAGCCGUACCAUCCCCUGAAGAGACACAGUGAACAACAACUGAACCAGCACAGCAGCACUGAGAGGAGUUCUAUAGAUGAGGAUGUUGGCCCGCUAGAUGGUCAGUCCGAUGAAGACGUCAUGGUGCAGAGUUCAGAUGACGAGGACGAUGAGAGUUCCUCCUCUAGCAAAGGAGAACCUGAGGAGCCUGAGGAGAGGGAGGCUGGCAGUGGUGCCAAGCGGAACAAGAUAGUCCACAUCGCCAGAGAGAUCAUGAGCUCCGAGAAUGUAUUUGUCAACGUCCUGAAGCUUCUCCAUAUCGAUUUCCGUGACGCGGUGGCGAAGGCUUCUCGUCCGAGUGGGAAGCCUAUUAUAGAGGAGGCUAUUCUGAACCAGAUCCUGUACUAUCUGCCCCAGCUCUACGAACUGAACCAGGACCUGCUCAGAGAGCUGGAGGACAGGGUCGCCCAGUGGGAUGAACAUGGUCGUCUAGCCGACAUCUUUGUGAAGAAAGGGCCUUAUCUGAAGAUGUAUUCCACAUACAUCCGAGAGUUUGACAAGAAUGUGGCCCUACUAGACGAGCAUAGCAGGAAGAAUCCAGCCUUCGCUGCAGUGGUGCGGGAAUUUGAGGCUGGUCCUCGCUGUGCCAGUCUGGCUCUGAGGCAUUACCUGCUGAAGCCUGUUCAGAGGAUCCCUCAGUAUCAGAUGCUGCUCACAGACUACCUGAAGAACCUGUCUCCAGACUCGGCAGAUUACAAAGACACACAAGCUGCUCUGGGCAUCGUGAAGGAGGUGGCCAACCAUGCCAAUGACAUCAUGAAACAGGGGGAUAACUUCCAGAAGCUGAUUCAGGUUCAGUGCCGUCUGAACGGACACCAUGAGAUCGUCCUGCCUGGGAGGGUGUUCCUGAAAGAGGGUGUUCUGAUGAAGCUCUCCAGGAAGGUCAUGCAGCCCAGGAUGUUCUUCUUGUUCAACGACACGUUGCUGUACACCACACCAGUUCAAUCUGGCCAGUUCAAACUCAACAACAUGCUGUCUCUGACUGGGAUGAAGGUCAGCAAGCCCAGCCAAGAGGCCUUUCAGAAUGAGCUGACCAUUGAGAGUGUGGAACGCUCAUUCAUACUCUCUGGCAGUUCUGCGGUUGAGAGAGAUGAUUGGCUGGAGGCCAUCUCCACAGCGAUCAAUGACUACACCAGGAAGAAGAUUUCCUUCAUUUCCAGCAAGACUCUGGAGGAGACUGGGUCUGAGGACAGUGGUAGUGGGGCCCCUUUGGGUUCUAAGGCCCCUAUCUGGAUCCCAGACCCAAGGGCCACCAUGUGUAUGGUCUGUACCUGUGAGUUCACCCUCACCUGGAGACGACACCACUGCCGAGCCUGUGGAAAGGUGGUGUGCCAGUCCUGCUCCUCCAACAAACACUGUCUGGAGUAUCUGAAGAACCAGCUGGCCAGAGUGUGUGAUCAGUGCUUUAUUGUACUACAGCAGAGAAGCGAAAAGGACCUGUCUGCAACUCUCUCCCCUGGAGGAAAAUCCUCCUUUGCUUUCGCCAGGAAAACGAAGAAGAUCCCUGCUGCCCUCAAGGAGGUGUCGGCGAACACAGACAACUCGUCUAUGAGUGGAUACCUGCAGAGGUCAAAGGGCAAUAAGAAGCAGGGGAAGAGGCUUUGGUUCGUCAUCAAGAACAAAGUCCUGUAUACGUACGCUGCCAGCGAGGACGUGGCAGCGUUAGAGAGCCAGCCAUUGCUGGGCUUCAUGUUGAAAGAGGAGGAAGAAGGGGCAGGACCGCCAGUUCAGAAGCAACAGUUCAAGCUCUAUCACAAAAACACGCUGCAUUACAUUUUCAAGGCAGACGACAGCCAAACUGCCCAAAGGUGGAUAGAUGUGUUCGAGGAAGCUAUGGUGCUCUAACCAUCAUUCUCUGUACCUGCAGUCGAUGAACUGUACCUAAAGCAGUGAAGUUACGACGGUGUAGCCGUGUCACUGUGAUGAUGAUGAUGUGAAUUUUGUAAUUGUAUUGUAAUACAAUUAAUUAUGUCUCUACUGAAAACCAAUAAGAGCACGGUGGACGCAUUAAUUGCUGAUGCAAGCAUAAUACCUAUAUCCCCAAAUUAAGGAUUUCUAAGCAAAAAUGAAAUACUCAUUUUUAUUGUUGAUAUGAAGCAGAUUUUUGGGUGGGAUUAUGGCUCAUAGAACACAGGUGGGUCGUUCCAUCAAUUAGGUGCCUUUUUGAGCAGUCUAACGUGGUGAAACAAAACAUUUGAUUUCACCUCAUUUUAACAUUUUAUCAUGAAGAGCACAUGUUCAACUUCAUUAAAAAAAAAAAAAAAACAUUUUCCACCUCGAGGUUGAAUAAAAAAUAUACUAUAGUAUAAGUGCAAAAUAAAGUAACAGGGUUGGCGAUUUCAUCUUUAAACAGUCAUAAAUCCCCUUGUGACAGGAGGAAUGGAAGUUUGUUGUGUGCCACAGGGAUGAGCAAUUGAAAGUAAACUUCAGAUUUGAGUUUUAUUUUAUUGUUAAAACAUUUCUAGCCUGUCCAUCUAUGUAACAGGGUUGACAUGUUAUGUUUGACCCACUCACUUUUCCACUUAAAAACACCAGAAAAUGGCCAAGAUUAGUAGAACCAGCUUACCUGCUUAUGCUUAUUUUUUAAAGGAAUAGUUUCACCAUAAUAAAAUGAGAGUUCAGCUCACGUAACAGGGUUGACAAAAAGAGGGACAGAUGUAAAUUAAUCACAUUAAAAUAAAUACAUUUUCAGAAAUUACUUUGUCAAAGUAACAAAAUAACUAGAGCUUGACAAUGAUGGUGAAAUCUUGGAUAAAUGCUGGGAUUAAAGUGUGUUUAAAUCUUCAUAGUUGGUCCACGGAGUGAUGUCAAAAUUCAGCAUUUUUGCACGUGUUUGAUUAAAUAACCCAUAUAUAUUUUAUUUUUAUUUUAUUUAACUAAGCAAGGCACUUAAGAACAAAUUCUUAUUUACAAUGACGGCCUACCCCGGCCAAACCCUAGCCGGGACAAUGCUAGGCCAAUUGUGUGCCGCCCUAUGGGACUCCAAAUCACUUCUGGUUGUGCUACAGCUUGGAAUCGAACCAGGGUCUGUCGUGACGCCUCUGAGCACUGAGAUGCAGUGCCUUAGACCGCUGCGCCACUCGGGAGGCCGAAUUAAUAUUAAAGCCUGUUAAAAUGCAAUAUUUGGCCACAAUUUCUACUUAAAAUGUCAGAGACGCAAAAGGCACUUAUUUCAUGGAACAACCCAGGUGCUAAAGUCAUUAUACAUGGUUGAAGACCAUAUUUGACCAAUUCAAAUGCCGUCAGCCCUGGAGGCUUGCACAUAAGAGCUGUAGAGUUUUGUUACCGACGUGUCACUGUCUCAUUACUGGCGACAUCUACAUUUUUAGUAUUUACCGUUAAAGGUUGAUUGAAUAUCUUAUUUUAAUGCGUUAUGCAGAACAGUCAAAUGUGUGGUUUUAUCACAGGACUUGUUCUAUGGAAUGUCCUUGAUUCAUAAGACCUCUUUUCCAUCACGCCAUUGCAGUUACGUCAUCAAGGGGACACACACACACACAACGUGAGCAUAAUUCACACCAUUUACAGCUUUAUCUCAGACACUGCAUUGAGUAGUACAGACAUGUCUGUUUGUUUACUGCACCUGAAAAACAUUCAUGCAUUUGUGGGGGGGGGGAUUCACUCAUGAACACAUGGGCCUAUGCACUUGUUCUGUGGGAAUGAAUAAAUCAAAUCCCAACAGUUUACCUCUCAAUAUUCCUUUUAUUAGGCACUAGAGCACUCAAUCCUAGUUAUUAAACUCUACAAUGUUGCUAUCAUGGAUACUGAUUUGAAAUAGAAUAUUAAAUAAAUCAGGUUUAGAUGUAUUUUAUAUUUACUGGUCUGAUUACCCUUUUCUGCACUAUGUGCCUAUUUUAAUAAACACUUGUCGUAU